ACACCAGCCUCUAGCUAACUAUGGCAUCUCCAAUAGAGAAACAACUCUUCAAAUCCCUCUUCUCAUUCUUCUUAUUGGUUUUACUUUUCUCUGAUACUGUUUUCGGAUCACGAAGAACACUUGAUCAGAAAAAACCAUGCAAACACUUCUCCUUCUACUUCCACGACAUCCUCUACGAUGGUGACAAUGUAGCAAACGCAACCUCGGCCGCCAUCGUGAGCCCUCCAGGGCUAGGAAACUUCAAGUUCGGUAAGUUUGUGAUAUUCGACGACCCAAUAACGAUGGACAAGAACUAUCUCUCGGAACCCGUAGCUCGUGCACAAGGCUUCUAUUUCUAUGACAUGAAGAUGGACUUCAAUGCUUGGUUUUGUUACACGCUGGUGUUUAACUCAACUCAACACAAAGGGACAUUGAACAUAAUGGGUGCGGAUUUGAUGAUGGAGCCGACAAGAGAUCUAUCAGUCGUUGGUGGGACAGGUGACUUCUUCAUGGCUCGUGGGAUCGCUACCUUUGUGACAGAUCUAUUCCAAGGCGCUAAGUAUUUCCGAGUUAAGAUGGAUAUUAAACUUUACGAAUGUUACUAACUAAUUAUAUGUGUUUUUUUUUUUUGGCUUGAAAUUUGUGUGUAACACAGAGAUUAUGUGUUACUAUAAUAAGUAAGUGUUUUAUUGUAUGUCCCUUUUUUGUGUUGUUCUUUUGAUUUAUGGUUAAUGUUGUCAAUGGUUAGAAGCCAAAAACAAAAUGAAAAUCUUUUUCCCCCAUGGUA